UUAUUUAACGUUUCCAUUCAGUAACCGUGCAGACAUCGUCACGGUGAGACAAGUAUUAUAUAUUGCGCGAGAUUUUAGCGCAAACUGCUACUAUGUCGCGCGUUUACAGACCAUCUGAUUAUGUGGUCAAAAAAUCGCGGGUGCCGUCCUUCGAAAAAUACAAAGAGAUGUACAAAAAUUCUAUAGAUGACCCAGAAGCUUUUUGGUCAAAAAUAGCCAAUGAAUUCCACUGGGAGAUUCCUUACCAGCCCGGCAAUUUCGUUUCGUACAACUUCGAUCUCGACAAGGGAGAUAUUUUUAUUAAGUGGAUGGAAGGGGCUGUGACCAACGUUUGUUUUAAUGUUUUGGACCGCAACGUGAGAAACGGUUACGGGGACAAGAUCGCAUACUAUUGGGCAGGAAAUCACCCAGAUGACUACAGCCGCAUUUCAUACCGGACUUUAAUGGACCUGGUGUGCCAGUUCGCCAAUGCUUUACGUAAAAAUGGAAUUAAGAAGGGCGACAGAGUCUCAAUUUACAUGCCCAUGAUCUUGGAGACUGUUGUGUGCAUGUUAGCCUGCGCAAGGAUCGGCGCUAUUCAUUCUGUAGUGUUUGCGGGGUUCUCUCCUGAUUCUUUGGCGGAGCGCAUGUCCGAUUGUAAAGCUAAAGUCCUAGUUACAUCAGACGGUGCUUGGCGAGGGGAGAAGCUUCUGACAUUGAAGAAAACAUGCGACGAGGCAUUAGGAAUUGCGAAGACCAAACACAACCAUAAAGUGGACAUGUGCAUAGUUGUGGCACACCUUAAAAGGGUCACUCCGUGCGGACCAAUGCCUGACAUCAAAACAUUGUACGAAUGGAAUGAAGAUGUUGAUGUGUGGUGGCAUGAUAUCAUUGAAGAUGAAUCGACUAUCUGUCAGCCCGAGUGGAUGGAAGCCGAGGAUCCUCUCUUUAUGUUGUACACAAGUGGGUCUACGGGCAAACCUAAAGGCGUUCUGCACACGACUGCGGGCUAUAUGGUCUACGCUACAGCAACUUUCCGUUACGUGUUUGACUAUCGCAACGAAGACAUCUACUGGUGCACUGCUGAUGUCGGCUGGAUCACCGGUCACACUUACGUAGUCUACGCACCCUUGGCCAAUGGUGCUACAUCUGUGAUGUUCGAGGGUACACCUUUCUAUCCUGACAACGAUCGUUACUGGUCUUUGAUUGAGAAGUACAAAAUUUCGCAGUUCUACACAGCACCCACUGCCAUCAGAUCUCUCAUGAAGUUCGGUGAAGACAUCGUCAAACAGCACAAAUUGAGCUCCCUGCGUGUGUUGGGCAGCGUGGGAGAACCUAUCAACCCCGAGGCUUGGCUCUGGUAUUACAACAUCGUAGGCAGUGGCAGAUGCUCUAUAUCAGACACGUUCUGGCAAACUGAAACCGGUGGCCAUGUUCUUACCAGUCUGCCUGGAGCCACUCCCAUGAAACCUGGUGCUGCUGGUUUCCCUUUCUUCGGAGUCGAACCAACUCUGCUGGACGAGAACGGCGCAGUGAUAGAAGGUGAAGGGGAAGGCUACUUAGUGUUCUCGCGGCCGUGGCCAGGCAUCAUGAGGACGCUGUUUGGGGACCAUGGCCGAUACGAGAGCGUUUACUUCUCAAAAUUCAAGGGAUACUAUUGUACCGGCGAUGGCGCUAGGCGAGACGAAGACGGAUUCUUGUGGGUUACUGGUCGAAUUGACGAUAUGCUGAACGUCUCUGGCCACUUGAUGUCAACCGCCGAAGUGGAAGGCGUCCUCACCGAAGAGCCGAGGGUCUCUGAAGCCGCAGUCGUAUCCAAACCCCACCCUGUGAAGGGUGAAUCUCUUUACUGCUUCGUUAUUCUCAAUGAAGGCGCCAAAUUCGACGCUGAUUUGGUUGCUUGUCUAAAGAAACUCGUUAGAAACAGGAUUGGCGCCUUCGCCGCGCCCGAUGUCAUCCAAUACGCACCAGGGUUACCAAAAACCAGGUCGGGAAAGAUCAUGAGAAGGAUUUUGAGAAAAAUAGCCCUCGGAGACGAGAACAUCGGUGACACUUCGACUUUGGCCGAUCCGUCCGUUGUAGAGGAACUUUUUAAAAAUAGACCAUAAGUACGACAAUAUUUCAUAUCUGUUGACAUCACUGUACUUUCUGGUAAAACCUUCGGUCGCCUCGUCGUUUUUCUGAGAUUUUUUAUACUAUGAUUAGUUCAAUGCUUUAAAUGCACAAUUUUUUGUAGAUGUAAUAUUAUGAUGAGCACGGCCUCGUUAUUAGUUUCACAAAAUAUAAGUAUCGAGACGAAAUUAAAACUCUAAGUGACCCUGAAACAUUCAAUGUAUACCUAGUUAAUAUAUUGUUACUGAUUACGUAAUAAGAACUAAAUAUUUAAUUAAAUUAUUAUUAUGGGUAAAGGUACAUACUUUUCUCUGACUAUAAAAAUUGAAUAAUAUAAUUAAUCUAUUGCUCGUUAUCUUUACCUAACAAUUUAGAAACCUAUAGAAUUGUUCACUCAAAAUCCUACAAAUAUUGAGAAAAUAUUCAAUCAAUAAACGCUGCUACUAAAAUAUAUAAUCUAAAUGUUAUUAAUUAGUAGACCAUACUUCUUACAUGAGUUGGGUAUUUAAAUUAAGGCAAAUGGCAUUCCAGAGCGGCUUCAUCAGUCGUAGAUAGAAUUUAUAUAGAUUUAAAAAAAACUGAAUACCUAAUUUACACAAGUUUAGUACCUUAGCAAUUAAGAAUGAAUAAGAUGACCCAGUGCUAUGAAAGGCAAUUUGUUAUUAAAUCUUUUUUUACAGUUAACUGCCUAAAUAUAGCUUAAGAGUAAUAAAUAUUAUUCGUUUUUAUAUGACUUAGGUGUUUGUAAAACGCUUUUGCGUGUUUUGUUUGGGCAAAAUACCUAUUGAAUAAAUUAUUUAUUUUAGAUUAUCACUAUAAUGUUUAUUGUUUAAGCUAUGAAUCGUGUGAUUCUGUUAAUCUAAUAAACCUAGUUAUUAUCUACGCGAAUCAUGAAAGGAAAUUAAGAUGUUCAGCACGCAUCGAACUAUUUAUUAAAUUAUUUUUGAUUAAAUGCAUAUUUUUUUAUGUUCCUAUUUUGUACUUGUAUGAGCAAUAUUAAUGUUAUAAAAGAAUAAUGGCUAAAACUACGAUCUUCUACUAUGCAACAUUGAAUAGCUUGAAUAUGUUUAGUUUUUAUUUUUGGGUUAAAUGCGUAUUCUUUCAACACCUCAAUGAGCGUCUUGGAUGUUUUUCCUCCAAUAAAAGAAUUGUAAACUUGAUAUUUUACUCAACUCCACCUAUUUGAAUUGCACAAUUUCGAUAUUAUAAUAUGUAGUAUAUUAAGUGUUUGUGGUAGUGAAUUUACACAGUAUACUGCGGUUAGAGGUUGUAACUUGGUUUCUAUGUCAUUAUAAUUAUAGGUACCGAUGCGUCACAAAAUAUAAUAUAUUAAAUGAGACAGGUAUAAAAUACGUUUAGGAACAUGAUUCUGAGACACUUCACAGCAGAUCAAUAACUCAAAUAAUUUCCAAUAUUAACAUAAUAAUAAGUUAUCCUUUAAACUGAAUAAAUCUCUAUAUAAAAUUUCCUGAAAUAUCUUGAAACUGUUUUUAAAACGAAUAAGUACAAAAUUGUACACCCCAACAGCUUUUAAAAUCUGCAAGGACAAAGAUUUGAAAAUAAAUUAUGUAUUUUAGCAGAGAUUUCUACGGCAUUAUUUUGUUAAAAUUACAUAAUGUCAUAUAAUAUAGUUACAAACUUUUGUUGAUAUGUUACUCUUAAGAGAUUAUUUGAAAUUGCUUGAAGUUCAUUCAGUAAAGCAGUUUUAAUGUCAGCGCAGAUACAACUACCAAUGCAGCGAGCUCCAAUUUGUAUCCACCCUAUUCAAUUCAGUAGAAUUGUAAUAACUACAAAGAUAAUGCAGCGGCGGCGGCGUUCUUUAUUAUUUAUUAUAGCAGCAUCUUGCAGCUGUUAAUAACUCCAUUCCAAUUGGAUAAGGUAGAUAUUUAAAUAUCAGCAGAGUAGCCCUAUGGCACAUAUAGUUCUGUCUGUGCAAGCUCUUAUACUGUGUAACUACGACCGUCACUGCUAAACUUCAUUGGCAUAGCCAGCAUCUGCUAAAUUAUGCCAAGUUUAGAUAUUUAAAAGCCUGUACUUUAUGCAAAACGAUUGAUUUCUAGCAAAAAUAGUAGUAGGUAUAGUCUGUACGAAAUGAGAACUCACUCACCAUUUUAACUCAGCUGACACAGAGUUAAAAUGGCGAGUGAAAAACUAAAAUUUAUGCAUUAUAUAGUAUGUAUAACACCAACAUUGCCAACCAAAUGAAAAUAUAAUUCGAAUUUGUGUGUAUUUACUAAAUCUGAAUUUAGUCGGCAUUGUCACAGACAUUGUUAGCAAAUGUGUUAGGUGUAUAAUCAAAUAUUAGAUUUUAAGAAUGGAAUUGUGAUUGUAUGUUGAAACGAACAUAUCAUUAAAAGUGAUAUAUUGAUCAGAAUGGUUGUCGAUUAUUAUUAUCAUUUACCCUUACGGGAAACGGCUGAAUCCUGAUGAAAUGACAUACCUAUAACUUAACACACUAUAGUAUUCAAAUUACUACAUACAAUCACACAUUACUUUCACUGACAUACCAAUAAAAACCUGUUAUCUGUU